UAAGUGAGGUUGACUUGCGGGUGACGUCACUUGAACAUACGACGAUUGUACACGCACUUACAUGUGGUCUGUGGCGUGACAAAUGAACCAAGGAGUACUCCCUGACUUUGACAAAGUAAAAGAUCCGAUUCGAAGACGACCCAAGGAAUCCAAAAUUGAAGUUAAGUUUGAGACACCCGCUACGGAAUUGGACAACAAACCUAGCUUCAUUCCGAAUAAUGUGUCUAAUAUCAUCAAAUCCAUCAAUUAUAAGAAAAACUUGAGCUUUCCUCCGACCUUGUUGUGAUCAGUUGUGCAUGUCUCUAACACGAUCUGAUUCGAUCUUGAUGAGUGCAGCUCGAACACCAAGUGUCUCUGUAAUGCUUGCCGACCAGUCCGCUGUGUGAGAUUCUCAUCCACCUCGAAUAAACUCGCCGGUAAUAAUGUCAAAUUUACUGCUAAAAAACCCUGCGUUGUGGCCGAAAUUCCAAUUCCUUGCUUACAGUUCACUAUACAUUACUUGUAUGAAUAUCAUCACUACACGGUAGAUUGUACGUCUGAAUUUCAAGCCACCGCCCGUAAGAUUUUUUGGCCAGAAACGUUAAUAAUAUUACCAGUUGAAACAUCAAGUGUAAUUUGAUACGGAUUUGUUUCAUUUAAUUUAAAUUAAGAGUGAAGUAUUAAAAAUAGAAUAAUACCAACAAUUCGAAUACAUCCAUUUUAAUCUAUGAAAGGCUUGUGGGGGUGAUGCCACAUGCUGGGCAUUAAGGAAGUGAAGAAUAGGAUGCUUCCCAAUAGUGGAAAUCAGACUCAGCUUUCGACUGAGAAUAAAUAAUUGAAGCAGCAGUACGUACAAGUUGGCCCAGUUUUUAUGUCUGCGUUAAUAAAACUGUGACGCUUACCUAACAACUAUGUCGGGCAAUUUAAUAGUAUUCCAUGCACUAAAAAAACAAGGAUGACACCCCAUCCAUGAGGACCCCCGACCCCGACCGGACGGUACAUUGGAAAGAUGUAAAUUGGACUAUAAUCCUAAUUUGAUAGGUAGAGAGUAUGACUCUGUUCCGGAUACUUGCAGAAGCCCUAUGCAUUUUUAGCAUAGGUUACUUGCUCUGUCUCUAGUAUUCCAUGCACUUUUUCUAGUUGGGAAUGCACACAAAUGAACGCGCACGUAGCUGAGGAGAUAGGCAAUAUUGACAAGGAUGCGAUUGAGAUCAUUGAUUUUAUUUUUCCUCCUGAGACGGAUUACGCUAAUAGAGAUAUUGUCAUUUCGACGGAGAACUAUUAUGACAGUAUGGCUAGAGAAGCAAGGGAGGAUGAGAGUAAUGUGGAGGAAGUAAUGCUAGUAACACCGAUUCAAGUCUUGUUCCCUGAACAAAGUCAACAAAUAGCAAUCAAGGGUACUUCUCAAUUAGAAUUUGAUGCGGUCUCAGAUGAAGGGUCUUCGGGAUAUGACUCAGAUCAAGUGCGGCUUGCUCGAUUAAGUGAUCCUAAUUAUACAACGGUCACUCAACUUAAGUUUAAACGAAACGCUCGACUUCAAGCUAAAAAGGGGAUUAAGGGUUAGUUUUACCUUAGAAUAUUGCGAUUACAUCUUCAUAGGUAAGAUUUGUCAUGAUUUUUGGGAAGGUUGUGUUG